AUGGAAUCAGAAAGUAAGUGUGAAUAAUGUAACGAAUUAUUUAAUUCCAUCGAUAAACAGUAAAUUAUCCUUCCAUGCGGUGAUUCGAUUUGCCUCUCAUGCUUUGGGAAAGCUUUAGAGCCUGAGGAGAGCAAACUUAUUUGCCCUAUUGACAAAGAAGCAUUGAUUAUCACCAAAAAGUUUAGAGAAAAGAUUCAAAAGAUGACUUAACAGAAAAAUAAAUUGCUUUGGAUUUUAUGCCAGAAUCAUUUAGAUUUGAUUGCUGAAUACUAUUGUAAUACUCAUAGAGAAAUGGUAUGUCAUUUGUGUGCUCAUAAAGGUCAUGCAAAUCAUGCAAAAAAGCUUGAUCUCAUUGUUGAUAAGGAUAUUCAGGGAUUCUGUGAGAGAGCAUUGGAAAGGCUGAAUGAAAGGAGGAGCAAGAUUAAUGAUUUAAUUGAUGAAAUUGAAAUUUUCAAGCAGAAAGAGAGAAGCUACCCUUCUGAAGUAUUUAUUAAGAUUCUAAGAGAGGUUCAAGAUUCUUUAAUACCUCAUUUGGAUAAGAAAGGAGGAAAAGAACUGGAGUUGAAGAACAAUGGAAAAAGAUGUUCAGCAGAUGAUUUCAGCGAAGAAACGUUAUCCGUAUUUAAUAUAACUGAUGACCAUGAAGAACUCUUAAAAGUAUGGAUUCAUGGGGAGGAUGAAAUGGGAAGUUCAAAAUUUGAACUAUUAUAUAAAGCAACUAGAGAUACAUUUAGCAGUGCCAAGAUGCAUGAAAUGAUUAAUAACAAAGGACCUAUUGUAGGCAUAAUAAAAUCUCAACAUGACUAGGUGUUUGGAGGAUACUCCUCAGUAGGAUGGAAAGCAGAUGGUGCCUGGACUUUAGAUGGUAAAGCCUUUAUUUUCAGCCUUACUAAAAAGACUAAACAUGAGCAAUAUCAAAAUAAGGACUAGGCUCUGUAUUAUGCGAAUUCGUUUAUGCUAUGGUUCGGCUAUGACAUACUCUUAUACACUGAUUGUAAUAACAAUGCCAGCAGCUAUUCUAACUUUGGAACUACAUACAAGCCACCUGAUGGAAUAGUACAAGGAUAAGAUUCUGCUAAUACUUAUCUUGCAGGCUCACAUUAUUUCAGUGUAAAAGAGAUUGAAGUAUACAAAGUUUCUAAAGAGGAGUGA